AUGAGUUCUGUGAGCUCCUUUAGCAAGUUAAUUGAAUCUAACAUGGGGCCAUGGGAUGGAGCUUUAUACCACCUUGCCCCUGUCUGGGCCUUCUAUCUCCAGGCAGCCUUCAUGGGCUUUGUCUUUUUUGCAGGGACACCACUUAAUGUCAUGGUGCUGGUGGCCACACUGUGCUACAAAAAGCUGUGGCAGCCACUCAGCUACAUUCUCGUCAAUUUGUCCUCGGGAGGCUUCCUCUACUGCAUCUUCUCUGUCUUACCCAUCUUCGUCGCCAGCUGUUGAGGUUACUUCCCCUUUGGCUGCCAUGCUUGUGCUCUGGAGGGCUUUCUAAGCUCUGCAGCAGGUCUAGUGAUAGGCUGGUCCCUGGCCUUCCUGGCCUUUGAGCUCUAUAUUGCCAUCUGUAAGCCCUUUAGCAACUUCUGCUUCGGCUCCAAGCACGUACUGAUGGUGGUCCCGGCUGCUUAGACCAUUGGCAUUGGCAUCUCCAUCCCAAUAUUCUUUGGCCGGAGCUGAUUCAUCCCCAAGGGCCUGCAGUGUUCCUGUGGCCCCAACUGGUACACCGUGGGCACCAAAUACUACAGUGAGUACUGUGCCUGGUUCCUCUUCAUCUUUUGCUUCAUCUUGCCUCUCUCCCUCAUCUGCUUCUCCUACUCUCAACUGUUGGGGGCCCUAAGAGCUGUUGCAGUUCAGCAGCAGGCCCAUAAGGCUGAGCAGAUGAGCCACAUGGUGGUGGUGAUGGUGGGAUCCUUCUGCUGCUACAUGCUCUAUGCUGCCCUGGCCAUGUACAUGGUCAACAACUGUAACCAUGGGCUGGACUUACUGUUUGUCACUAUUCCUGCCUUCUUUUCCAAGAGUGCUUGUGUCUACAAUCCCAUCAUCUGCUUUAUGAAUAAGCAGCUAAAAUUCCAAGCUUGCAUCAUGGAGAUGGUAUGUAGGAAGGACGUGACAGAUGAAUCCGACAUAUUCAGCCCCCAGAAAAUGGAAGUUUCAUUCUCUUCUAGCCACGUUGGCCCCAUCUGA